AUGCCCGCCGCGCUCCUCGUCGUCGACGUCCAGCACGACUUUCUCCCGCCCAAGGGCGCACUCGCCGUCCCCUCGGGCGACCACAUCCUCCCCGUCUGCCACCACCUCCUCGACCGCGGCGACUGGGCCCUCGUCGUCGCCUCGCAGGACUACCACCCCUCGGCCCACAUCUCGUUCGCCUCGACCCACGACCUGCCCGCCUUUUCGACCACCCACGUCGCCGACCCUCGCUCGGGCACGCGCGACAAGACAAAGGAGCAGGAGCUGUGGCCUGAGCAUUGCGUGCAGGGGACGAGGGGGGGCGAGAUCGAGGAGGGCGUCAAGAGCAGGAUGGACGCGCGCAGAGGAGGCGGGACGAGGUGCGAGGUGGUGCGCAAGGGCAUAGACCGCGACCUCGAUGCCUACUCGUCGUUCGCCACGCCGCUCUCGCACCCCUCGUCCUCGCCUUCUCCCCUCACCCAGCUCCUCCUCGACGCCGAGAUCGACACGCUCGUCGUCGUCGGCCUCGCGACCGACUUCUGCGUGCGGCACAGCGUCCUCGACGCGCUCUCCUUGCCCUGGGCUCGCUCGUCGACGGCGUCGUCGGAGGAGCGAGACUCGGGAACGAGCGCAGCAGGGCCAGGGCACGUCCUCGUCGUGCGCGAGGGGACACGCGGCGUCGACCCAGAGCGGUCAGAGCGUGUCCUGCGCGAGCUCGAGGAAGAGGGCGCGCGCGUCGUAGACGUCGAGGAGGCGCUGCGGGUCGUCGGUCGGGCGGCAGCGCGAGGAGGAGGCGGCGAGUGA